AGAUACACAAUCAAUUAGCCACAACAAUGCAGUUUUCACGGACACUUUUCGCGCCUGUGCAGGACAGCGCUCUCGUGUACCUCAUGCGGUUCCGACAGGGCCCGGUCGUCGUCGGCAAGACGAACCAUGUCACAGGUUCAAUGAUCCGGAAACAGCUGCCUCCUACGCGAGUGCCAAAGGCGUCGCGUGUGCACGACUGGUCGAUUCUCUGCGUCGCGCGGUUGCCCGAGAAAUCCCACGGCCCGGCACUAAUCGCCUACCUCCACGAGCUCCGCCGCAAGCGGGAACGACUGUAUGAAUCCAACCACGAGCUGCGCGAGCAAUGGAUGCACACAAAGUUCCCCAAGCGCCACGUGUACACCUACGAAGCCGUCUCGGAUCUGGCGACCGCGCUCGAUUACCUGUACAAGCGGCCUACGGUCGAUGAACUGCCGCGAAUUAAGGUGCCACCAACGAAGAAAGUGCAUCAGCCGUAUGAUGUGCGGAGACCACAGGAGAACGCGGUCGUGUACUGGCCGAACGAGUGGUUUAUGGGCAAGGACGAACUGUGGCCGGAGUCUGUCGAGCACAAGAAGAUUGAUGUCACGGGAAUGGGUGAGAAUGACAUGGUUGGCUAUCUGAUCGAGUACGAGAACGAGGAGGAGGCUUUUAAUCAGAGCGGGCUGCCCCAGGAGCAACCUAAGCAGUAGAUCGAGCAGCAGAUCGAGGAGCAAGCCGAGGAGCAGACCAAAGAGAAGAGCGCGUGAAU